UGAAGUUGCGAGAAGGGGAUCAGUAUAACAACGGGUCGGGACACCUGAGUUGGCCUCGAGAUAGUUUCGGAAAGCAGCAUAUCCACCAUAACGUGAACUCAUCUUUGGCUUGUCAUAUUCAUUUUGGACAUGCGCAUCGUUGAGCCUGUGCUUGCGACCAUCGCAGCCGCGUCGUCGGCAAAACUCCACGAACCUGACAAGUGCACUGUGAUCCUUGUCGGCGCCAAGGCUUCUGCCAGCGGGUCGCCCAUGACCACGCACACGGCCGACUGCUCGUCGUGUGACUUUCGUCUUACGAAAGUGCCCCAACUCAGUCAUCCCCGUGGCUCGUUGCGUAACGUGCCCCUCCUCCGCCAAGCGUUUCCCCGAUACGUGGGCAGUGACCGCGGCGCCCCUGCGUACUAUUUGUCCAACCUUGAACGCGGUUUUUACAACUGGACCGAGACCCCAAUCAUUGGUCAAAUCCCCCAGGUGGCCACCACAUAUGCAUACAUCGACGGUCUGUAUCCCAUCAUCAACGAGCAUCAACUGGCCAUCGGCGAAAGCACGUGCGGGGCCAACUUGUGGGCCAAACCAGCUACCCAAGGCGGCAAAGCGCUCUUCGAUAUCACAGAGCUGGCGCGCGUGGCCUUUGAACGCACCAAGACAGCGCGAGAGGCCGUCCAACUCAUGGGGGACUUGGCCGUACAGUACGGGUACUAUGGCGCCGAAUGGGAAGGCGACGCCGUGUACAGCGAAGCGGGGGAGACGCUGACUGUGACUGACACCAAGGAAGGGUGGGUAUUCCACAUCCUGCCAGACGACUCGGGGGCGUCGGCGGUGUGGGUGGCCCAGCGAGUCCCCGACACGCACAUCGUGGCCAUCGGCAACCAAUUCAUCAUCCACCAC